UUUCAUUCGAUAAUUGCGUAUCUGUUAUUAAUACAUUUCUUAUUUAUCUUGAAAAUUUACAUUAUGUUAAAAGCAAUUGUUAUCAAGAUACAUUAUUCGAUGAUCCUUUUUCACGUGAUUAUAAAGGAUAUCCAGAAGUUGUUCUUUGGGAUACUUUUCAAGAGGAGCUUAAAAAUGUACUAAUUCGUAAAAAUGAUAUAACUGUACAAUAUUUAAUCAAAGCACCACGAUUACGUCCAGAAGUAACUAGUGAAGAAGAAGUUAUUGUUGCUAUUAUUGAAAAUGUUUUUGAUCCAUUAUCUCAAUUUCUUUAA